AUGGAUAAGUUAAAUACAGCAGAAGGCGUAACACGUUUUCUAAGAGCUAAAGGAGGCUCGUUGGAUAAGAUUGUAUUAACUGCAAAUCAAAUCCUCGAUGACACUAUAAACGUUCAUUUGCCCAACAAACAUAUUUUCAUCUUCGAUUUAUUAUGUGAUAGGUUCAACGACAACAAUCAUUUUAAAGACUGGAAGUACGAUACCCAGUGUUGGAUGUUGUUCAAAAAAUCAUGGAUAACUUUGGGCAAUGAUAAAAUAUCUAGGAAUAGAUCUAUGAAAAAGCUAAAAUUUGUUGAUUUACUAAUAAGCAUAUUGAAAAACUCUAAUCAAAACCAAGGCAUUGAAUUGUUAGAAGUUGUUAUUCAAACAACUAGUAUAGUCAUGAACGAAUUUUAUAUUGAAAUUGAUGACAAUUCGUCAAUUAACUUACUUGCAUCCUACGUUACAUCUUUGAAUCAUUUAUACGAUACAAAUAACUUUAAUGACGAAAUCAUUAACGACUGGACCAAUAUAAUCUACAAACUUUAUCAAAUACCUCAGCUCAACGUUAGCCAUAAAUAUAGUAAGAAGAGUGUAACCAAAUUUUUUGGGGAAGUUAUUCCGCCUGCAUUAUAUUUUAUCAAUAGAGAACUAGACAACCCUAAAUUAUCACAAUCUAAAAUUAUAAUUGAAAGUACAAUAUGCAAGGUAAUAUUUAAUAAAGAUUCAAUUGGUAAUUUGAAGAGGAACAUCGAAGUGCUUUUAGCUGAAAACUCUAAUGAUAUCUCAUUCGAAUCACUCAAGUAUUUAUUUGUGUUGAUUAUAAACAACUUAUCAAACAGAGAUAUGAAAUUAUGUGAAGAAGUGUUUAUCUCUAUAAUUAACACUAAAAAGUUUAAUCAAAUGUCUGAAACUUUGUUAGAAAUCUUAUCAAGUAUCAACAAAUCAUUAUCAUCAGAAUUUUUUUCGUCCAUCUAUGAUAAAGAAGUGAAAACUAAAUCAAAAAAUGACAUCAACUGGAGUUUGGUAAUUCAUUUAUUUAAUUUGGAUAUCGAAUUAGCAAUGAAUAAUGCCGAAGAUAUUUUCUCAAGUAUGCCAAAUAGCGUGAACAGUAAAACUAUAUUAAAAAUUGGUGAAAGUGUAGCUGAAGCCUACAUUAAAGCAAGAGAAUUUGUUGAAUUUUUUAAAAGCAUUUGGAUUAAUAUAGUCCAUAAAGCUUCAAUUUGGAAGUCUGAUGAAUUCAUAGAUAUUAUCUCAAGAAAAAUCAAUAAUUUGUCCACGAACCAGUUGAACGAUUUGCUAUCCUUCACGUUUAGUCAAGAAAAUGCCUUACCUUUAAUUAAUUCUAUUAUCAAAGGGUUAAUGCUCUGCCCUUUAAAUAAAGUUGAAUCUGUCAAGAAACUUUUACUUAAUCAAAGUAAAUUAUUCACUGAACAAACAAGUGGCGCUUGGGAAAUUAGAUUCUAUAUUCUAUGCUUAUAUAAUGAGGAAGUGUUGGAAAACAACCUGAAUUUUAUUUCGUAUGUUUCUAAAUCGUCCGUUUGUUCUUCAGAAUUUUACUUUUAUACAAUUUUUCGUCUUAUCGAAAUUGCAGGAGAAGAUGCUAUGUUUAAUCAAUAUCAAGAAACUUUUGUCAAAUACUUGAAGAAAUUAAAAACGGAAGACAAACGUAGUGUGCUUAUAACUUUGUUGAAUAGAUGGUUGGUAUUAAUUGAUAAAUUCUUUUCUAAAACUCAAAUUCUUGAAAUCAUGAGGUUGUAUUUGAAUCAAUUGGAUUUUGAAUCAUCUAUCUUGAAUUACUUUGAAAAUAAUGGUGAUAUUUUCUUUGAACAGAGAAACAUGACUGAUGCUUUAGUAUUUUUAUUAAUUGAAAAUUUAACCACUGAAAAAGGCAAUAACUCCCUUGGCUUUAUCAAGUUAACAUCGAUUGUUCCAGUUCAGUGUUUUGAUAAAUAUUCAAAGAAAAAGUUGAUUGACACUAUGCUUGAAUCAUUUAGCACUUCCCGUGAUAAUGAAAUUAAUAUUUCAGCAAGAGGUGCCAUAAGACAUUUAUUAAUUCAACCGUCCUUCAAAUCAUCUAUAGAAUUGGAUUUUAAGUUACAGCUAAACUUAAUAAAAUCGUCUGUACCAUCUUCAGUGCAACUAUCUAAUGAAAUCCUUAAGUCUAUUUGGAACCAACAUUUAAAUCAAUAUAACAUCGAGACAAAUAAAACGUAUGUCUUGGAAUCCAUAAAGUAUUUGAGUGCUUUUCUUGAAGGAUUUAAAUCACAGCGUAUUCUGGAAUUGCCGGCAGAGUUUCAAGCAGCAUUGGUUAUUAUUUUGACUAAUACAAAACAUACGGAUACUGACGAUGAUCUUGAAGGAAAGAUGCAAAGUUUAAACAACUUUUUUAUAAAGACUACAAAGGGCCUUUUAAAUCAAACAAUUAGAAACAAUAAAAAACUAGACUAUGAAACUGUUUGUUGGUUAUUAAACUCAUUAUACUUAACUUUAAAUGAUGAUAAUGAACAAGCUUAUGAUACUCUUUCUUUAAUUAAGACUAUCGGACUGAAAUUAUCUUCAAUCGACAAUAAUCAAAUUAAUAAAGUAAUAGUAAUUUUGUUCAAACUAUUGACCAAAAUAUCAAAGCCUUCAUUUAAUGAUGCGGUCUUUAUUUCAAGUCUUUUUAUCUCAUUAAAUGUGAAAUUCGUUGUUGAUAUUGAUGAAAUGACAACAUCUUUGAUGUCAUAUUUUGCCAAACUUUCAGAAAAGGAAGAAAUUUUUAAAUCGGUUUAUGAUUUUGUAUUACAUUCCUUCAACACUGAAGAAGAUCUCAAAUACGUUCCUUCAUUAGUAAGAAUAACAAACUCUUUGAUAAAAUCUCUAAACAGAGAAUAUCAAGCAGAUUGUACAACUUUAUUCAUUAAGACUGUAUCCGUAUUUUUGACACAAUACAAGUUGAUUUCUUCAUCUGGAUCUAUUAUUUCAAUCUUGUCAACUUUGAAAACAAGUUUAAGUGACAUGACCUGGCUCUUUAACCAAUAUGCAUUAGAAACUACGAUAUCAUUAUUAACAAGAAUUUCAUACUCUUUGAAUGAACCUGAAUUCAUCAAAUCAGAAACUUCUGUUGAUUUGUACAUUCAUUUGACUCAUGUUAUUUCGAAUAUUUUACUUUUCCAUCGAUUCAAGUUAUCAUCCCGUCACCAUGUUAUAAUCAACGUAUGUGUUUCUUUGUUAGAACCACUUUCUAUCAGAAAUAUUAAAUCGGAAUGCUUAUCAUCAUCCACAAAGGCUGCAAACGCAUAUUCCCGUUUGUUGGGUAACUUAUGUGAACCGUCCAAUACAUCAUCAAAAGAGAUGGUACAAUCUUCCUUGAACUCUACUUCUGCGUUGAUCAAACGAUCACUUAGAAAGCAUUUACCAAUCCUUUUGUUAAACUACAUAUAUAUUGCAUUGAAGUACAAUUUCAAAAGUGAAGUUAAUGACGAAUUAAUGAGUGGGAUAUUUAGUAUUUUUAAUGUUCUUUCUCAAGCUGAAUUACGACUUGUUAGUUCCUCGCUAGAUAUUCCUGGAAAAACAUACUAUAGAACUUUAUACGCAGAUUAUAAAGAACAUGGUAAAUGGAAGGAUGAAUAA